ACACUCCGUGAACGCCUCACAAGGUAACACGGCAGGAAUGUAUUUGUUGGUUGACUUAACGUUCUCUUUUAUCCUGUAGGGAACAAGAAGACUGCCUCUCAUGAAUGGAUACUUCGACCUACCUUUACCGUCAUGCAUGCAACUGGGCCUCAAGCCUGCGCUUUUUACACCCUCAGCCCCUGAGCCAGUGUGUUUCCAGUAGGUGCAGGGUCGUCCUCCUGUUAGUCUCCGAUUCUCCCCACUGCCCCCAUCUGCCCCAGAAUUCCAUAUGCUAACCCUCUUGAGCAUGUUUUACUAUAUCUGUCUGCGGCGACGCUCCAGGAGUGGGACUCGAGGUGAAGCUCUGACCAGUCGGCGGGCUGUGGAGUCUGGCCAGCGUGCGGUGCUGCCCGUCAGUGUAGAAGAGGAGCAAUAUGCCAAGGAGGUUCUUGACUUCAGCUCCCACUAUGGCAGUGAAAAUAGCAUGUCCUACACCAUGUGGAACCUGGCCGGGGUACCCAACGUCUACCCCAGCUCAGGGGACUUCACUCAGACGGCUGUAUUCAGGGCUUAUGGGAAAUGGUGGGAACAAUGUGCCAGUGCCCCGCCACCUUUCCGCCGCACCCCUAAAGGCUUUUACAGCCAGGAUUAUAUUGAGCUGGGCUUUGAGGAGCCUGUCUACCCCACAGCAGUGGAAGUGCUUGAGACUUAUUACCCUGGAGCCAUUGUUCAGAUCCUGGCCUGCUCUCACAACCCCUUUUCCCAGAACCCGGCAACUGAUAUCAGGUGGGAGGUGUUGUGGUCAGGAGAACCCACAAAGAUGCUGACACCCCACGCCCGCCAGUUUUCCCCGAACAUCAAGCACAUCAACUUCCCCACCAACCUGCUGCGACUGGAGGUUAACAGCUCCCUGCUGGACUACUACACCGAACUGGAUGCUGUUAUUCUGCGCGGGGUGAAAGAGAGGCCCAUGCUGGCCCUCUAUAAGAUGCCAGUCAUCGACAUUAGCGACCUGAGUGACAGCGAGGAGGAGCUGUCUGAGGUUGGAGGGCCAUUUAGACAAGGUGGAGACGGCAAGAACCAGAGGACGGGGAAUGGGUACUUUGACAAACUGCCAUAUGAGCUCAUCCAGCUGAUACUGAGCCACCUGACCCUGCCAGACCUCUGCCGUCUGGCCCAGAGCUGUAAGCUGCUGCACCAGCACUGUUGUGACCCGCUGCAAUACACCCAGCUGAGUCUGCAGCCCUACUGGGGCCGGCUGAGUGACGCCUCCCUGGGACACCUGCAGAGUCGCUGCACUCUCCUCCAGAGGCUCAACCUGUCCUGGACCGGCAACCGCGGUGCUCUCACCCUGACCGGCUUCAGCAGCUUCAUGAAGGCCUGUGGUCUCAGCCUAGUCAGCCUGGAGUUAUCAUGCUGCCACUUCCUGAACGAGGCCUGUCUGGAGGUCAUCUCUCAGACCUGUCCUGGGCUGCAGCAGCUCAACCUGUCCUCCUGCGACCGCCUCCAUCCACAAGCCUUCACACACAUCUCCAAACUAACACGCCUCCGCAGACUGGUGCUCUACAGGACAAAGAUAGAGCAAACAGCUAUUUUGAGUAUCCUGACUUUCUGCAUAGAGCUGAGACACCUCAACCUAGGGAGCUGUGUGAGGAUUGAUGACUAUGAUGUUGUGGCCAGUAUGCUUGCUGCUCGCUGUCGCUCACUCUGCUCCCUGGACAUCUGGCGCUGCAGGAACCUCACUGACCGAGGCCUAGCUGAGCUUGUCUCUGGCUGCAGGAUGCUGGAGGAGUUGGACCUGGGUUGGUGUCCCACUCUGCAGAGCAGUACUGGAUGUUUCCAGAACCUCGCCCGCCGCCUGCCCCGACUGCGCAAACUCUUCCUCACUGCAAACCGCACCGUCUGUGACUCAGACAUAGAAGAGCUGGCCGCUAGCUGCCCCUCACUGCAGCACCUGGACAUCCUGGGUACACGGUUAGUGAGUGCAGCCUCACUGAAGAAACUUCUCCAGGCUUGUCCCAAACUUCUCCUCCUGGACGUCUCCUUCUGCUCUCAAAUAGACAUGCGGGUCGUCCAAGAGCUCACGGGUGUCUUCCCAAACGUGGCCAUCAAGAAGAGCUUCACUCAGUGACCUAGGCUCUUCUGGUUUCUCCACAGUCCAAAGGAAGUGAGAGGAGCAAAGUGCUUGCCAGCAUACACUGCCCAAAAGUGGAUAAGAGGCAGGUCAGAUGCUGAUGGAGAUUUCUGACCUGUGAGUGUGUUUGUAUCACAAACAAGAUCCGUUUUUUUUCCGCAGUCAGAAAAUAAAGCUGCACUGGAAAGACGGAUUAAGUGGCUGAACACAAACAGUUACAGACUUGAGGCCAAGGGAUUAUAAAACAAGACGCUCUGUCUUUUGAACACUAGAAAUUAGAGUUGUUGCAGUAAAGCUGCUACAUCCUAAAAUCUGAAUCAGCCCUUACAUAAUGCCAAGCAGCACAAGGCUAGAAAAGCGCCUUGGUUCUGGAUGCAACACACAUAAAAAAACCCAAGGAAUUUUGGAGCGAUCCUCUUGAACAUUUUGAAAGAAGAGAUGGGACAGAAAAGUGUGGAAAAUAAUCGUAUUUGACACUGCAGGAAAACUCCUUCAAGAUGCAUGUUCAUCUCAACUGGUAACAUGUUAAAACGUUCAAAGAUCAGGGCCUUAGACAGUGUCCUGUCAGAAUGUGAAGGCAUCUUUCAGUUCCAUUUAAUUGAAGAAAUCCUACACAGAGCUUAUCAAUCAGUUAACUGGAACUUUAAGGGUUAAAACAAAGUAGUGAACCAUGUUUCAUUUUGUACAGUGUGAUGUGGAGAGUGUCAAAGUCAAACCUGAGACUACAUAUCACAACUGAAGUUGUGUUUUCACAAGGUGGGUGCAGAAUCAUACCCUACUCUCACGUUGAAAGAAAACACACCAUCAACUGUCCUCACGCCUGAGAUUCACAGAGAGGAAGUUGUCAUCAGAAAGCUUACAGAAUGUGAGUCAUUGUGAAAAAGCGGACAUUUAGUUUAGUCAGCAUGUGAAAACAUCCAACGUAUCAAAUCAGCUCAUUUGAUUAAAAAAAAGAAGUGAUGCAGCUAAAAGUCCAAAAAACAAAAGAAUACAAAAUUAAAGAAGAGAAACAGCAAAUCCUGACAUAAGCUGAACCACCCGUUUAGAAAGCAAAUGGAACUGUAAAAAAACUAAAGUUUACUCUUCAUUUUUGUAAUGACUUAGAAUAUUUCGCUGGCACAAUGUAGAGAAGUUUCAAACCACAGUAACUGUUCUCCUCCACAUUCACCGUAAACACUGUUGUAAUGAUGAUACACACAUUUGAAAAGCACUUCCCAAAAGAAACCUUCAGCACGGUGUGAUGAGUCCUCAACUGUGCUUGAAGUUUUGUGUUAGAUUAGAUCCGUCUGAGAACGUCACGAGAGCUGACAUGCCUGAAUCAGGUGAAUUUCAUUUUCAAUCCGCCAUACUAAAUAAACAGGGUGUUUCAAAGUUACUUUUUUUAUGCUAGACUUUUCAACAAGUUAUCCUGGUCGAGGAUUGCGCAAUUUCAGGCUAGGUUUAUAAUUUAGCAAGGCCAAAGUUUAAGGUGUUCGAUCACUUUUUUAUGCUUCGAUCAUGCGGAUCAUUCUUUUAGUUGUAUGUUGUUUUUGGCCGUGUUAUUUUAAGGGAGCAAGAUUGACUAAAACUACAUGAUGAAGUUUCAAAGUCAGCUGCACAGUGGUUUCAUAAUGUUGCAUGCUUCUCUAAGCCGUCUGCCACUGUCGUUUUAAUAGGAACACUUCCUCGGAUGGUAAGAGGUUCCAGUAAGUUUAACAGUGUAAAUACUCGGUGACCUCAGUAUUUUUCCUGUAACUCAGGGGUUUGAAUAUUUCUUCUGUUUUUAUGUUUUUGUUUGUUUGUUUACAUUUAUUGUGCUAACAGCACCAGCACAGCAGACAUUUUUACAGACAGACGGAGUCACCUCUGGGGCCACCUGCAGUCUCUGUUAAUCUUCAAGAACAAACACCUGUUAAAGAAACAGAUCAGUCCGCACUGCACAGCACUGAUGUAACCUGGACAAAGAUUUUGGGGGCUUUUUUUUGGGGGGGGGUGUGGAAUGUUGUAAUUAUAUGAUUGUGAAAAAAACAUUGUUGCUAUUUAAUUUUUGUAAUAUAUGAAGUCACAUUUGCAAUGUGGCAGAAGUGCUUGGAAAGCAAUUCUCUUUUGAAACUUGAAGUUUUUUUUGUUUUUUUUAAGCUAGGCUACUAGUCAAUAUUUGUGCCUUAUACUCCUGUUUGAAUGUGGCGUGUUGUCCAUGUGGUAUCGAUUGUAGUGAACCGCUUUGCUUUACUGCCUUUCAACCAAAGUACCAGUAAUACCCCAACACCUGGUCUUCAAUCUCACUGACCAGUCUGUAUGCCAUAAACUGUACGUCAGCCAGGGUACUUAAUAUGCAAAAUAAUAUUUAUUUAUAUUCGCUCUUUCAUCUAAAUGUUAUUUAAAUUCAUUUCCCUGAUAUAUAUCAGCUAUGAUAUACAUUUUGAAAGUUAGUGUUUUCUUUUCUUUUAAACUCUGAGUCAUAAAAGAUACAUGUAAUGAACCUAUGUUAUUCAUGCAUUCAUACAUGUUUGGCCUAGCUUAGCAUAGACAUGACUCAUGUUACUAGCUCAGCUGAGAAUGAUAGCAAAGGAAAACCAUUGAGUGCAGAAGACAAUGCUCCCCUGUAAAGCCUGGUUUAUACUUCUGCGUCAAAUCGACGGCAUAGCCUACGCGCCUAGGUCUGCGUAGCUCCCGUACCUACGCAGAGGCCUACGCACGCAGCCGAAAUGCACCUCCUCCCAAAUGUAUCUAUGCGGACUGCAAGCCUUGUGAUUGGUCAGCUUGGCGGCAAUGUAUUUCCGGCAUUUACAUCUCUUCCAGGAUCCCGCACAUCAGCCGCGUAUUUCAUUUCCUCCGACGUCGUCAUAACCGUGUCAUGUGAGAUAAAGUUUGCUUUGGAGCUUUUAUUUUAAACAACACAUUCACUAAUGUGUGUUAUUGACUAGCUUGCUAAUGUAAUCAUUAAUACUCACCUGUAGAUAUAGACUUUUGUUUGAAUUUGUGAUGGUGCAGUGCUAGUUGUGUAAUGUUCUAGAUACCACUAAGGACAGAGGUCUUGUCUUUGUCAAUGCUCAUGGGGAUAUUAUUUAGAGUUCAUAUUUGUAUGUCUGUUUUCUGGGAAAACUAAUUUAAACUUUGGGUAUUUAGUGUUUCUCAUCAGAGUUGAGGUUUUGGACCUACAUGGAGGUAACAGAACAUUUGAAUUGGUUAGAUUAUUUUGAAACUUGAAAUUAUAUUCCUAAAAUCCUUGUUUGGUUCUUGAUCCGGACAGCUUCUCUGCUUCGUGUCGCCGCUACACACGGCUAAGCACAACCCAGAUCCAUCAAACAGAAGUCAACCUCCUUAUCUGAUUAUGGGUUGGAAUUGGAAACAAAAAAAAUGCUGGACAUUCAAGUUACUUUAGCGUUAAAGUGGAUGUAUUUUAAUUUUCCGUGGUGUUUUUAAAAGAAUGGAUGUGGUAACAGUGAGACACAUCAGCCCUCAGAUGAUGCAAAUAUUACUCCAGUGAGGGGAAGUCAGCUGGUUGACUAGAAGUGAAGAAGUGCAUACAUCACAUUUUCCUGGCCCACGUAAUCCAGGCAGUCAUUUGAAGUACAUUAUGAGAGAUCCAGCUUCACAGUUAAAACACUGAUGAUGCAUAGAGUCACCUGGAACUGUCAGGAACAGCAAUUAUUGAAGGCAGACUGUUAGAAAGUGUUCACUGCUCUCUGAUGGUCAGAGUUAGACCCAUGGAGCACCACGCUUCAGCACUAUCUGUUCUCCCCUACCUGGAAUGACUGUGUUGGCCUUGCUCUCUGUAAUGAAUAUGCAUUGUCUCUCCUCCCACUCUGGAUGUGUGAUCAACCUUUGUGCCAUUGGUAGGACAUGCAGUGACGCCCCCUGUGCUGCAGUGUGGAAAGAUUGUGCCUCUGUCAUGAUGAAACUGGGUGCUUCACUUUCACCAGAUUUUCAAUAAACCCAAGGCUGAUGCAGUAA